UGUUUAUCUGAGAAACAGAUUGGAGGCUGCCGGGAUGUAAAGGAAAAACAAAGAGGUGGGGGGAAAAAUGGGCUGUUUGGGGGAGGUUUUGCGGCAGAACAGGUGAAGCAGAUAAUAACAUGCAAACAGCUGCAGCUCACUCACUCUGGUCACUGCAGCUCCAGCAACUUUCCCCGCGCAGACGUUCAGCACUGGCAGGUGGAGAGCGACUGAGUUGGGGCUGCGCGUGACGACGUUGCUCGGCGGCGAGCUGCUGCUUUUACUACGGGUCUCCAAGCGGCGGGCUCCACCUGUGACGAUGGGAUAGGUGGUUUUGGAGCGGGUCUUCCGGCGCUGGAAACAAGUGGACUGAAAAGUUUGGGGCGAUGGAAUCUGCCACAGGACCUGAGGCUCAGGAGGCAUUGCAAUUUCGGACCGUCUGUGCAGUUUGAGAUGUGAAUGAGGCUGAAACGAAGGCGUGGAUACGGAAGGUGACUUUUGGCUUUGGUUCUUCACUUCGCGCCUCUCAGCGGCUCUUAUGGGACUUAAGCACUCGUCCCGCUGCGUGCUCCUCAGGAGGAAAAUGGCGGAGUCUGACAGCGUCGAGCAGCCGCAGCCGCCGCCGCCGCAGCCCAUCAGAAUCAUUCAGUCUCACUCAACGCAGCCCACCUCCUUGCCCAAGCCGGUGCCUUCAGUCCAGCACGCCCCGAGGCCUCCGCUGCCCCCGCACACCCCCCACGCAGCCGUCCUUCCCAGCUGCCCGGGACGGGGCAAGAUGGCCAAGUUUCUCACCCCGGAGGAGAUGACCUCUAGAGACUACUACUUCGACUCUUACGCCCAUUUUGGAAUCCAUGAGGAGAUGCUGAAGGACGAGGUGAGGACGCUGACGUACAGAAACUCCAUGUACCACAACAAGCACGUGUUCAAGGACAAAAUAGUGCUGGACGUCGGAAGCGGAACUGGGAUCCUGUCGAUGUUCGCGGCCAAAGCCGGGGCGAAGCAUGUGUACGGGAUUGAAUGUUCCAGUAUAUCAGAGUACUCCGAGAGGAUAAUCAAAUCCAACCACCUCGACAGCGUCAUCACCAUCUUCAGGGGGAAAGUGGAGGAGGUGGAGCUUCCGGUGGAGAAAGUGGACAUCAUCAUCUCGGAGUGGAUGGGCUACUGUCUCUUCUACGAGUCCAUGCUCAACACGGUCAUAUUUGCCAGGGAUAAGUGGCUGAAACCAGGUGGCCUCAUGUUUCCUGAUCGUGCCUCUCUGUACGUGGUGGCCAUCGAGGACAGGCAGUACAAGGACUUCAAGAUACACUGGUGGGAGAACGUGUACGGCUUUGACAUGACCUGCAUUCGAAACGUGGCCAUGAAGGAACCUCUGGUGGACGUGGUGGACUCCAAACAAGUGGUGACCAACUCCUGCCUGGUUAAGGAAGUGGACAUCUACACGGUGAAGCCUGAGGACCUGUCUUUUACCUCGGCGUUCUGCCUGCAGAUCCAGAGGAACGACUACAUCCACGCACUCGUCACCUACUUCAACAUCGAGUUCACCAAGUGUCACAAGAAGACUGGCUUUUCUACAGCUCCAGACGCCCCCUACACUCACUGGAAGCAGACGGUGUUUUACCUGGAGGAUUAUCUGACGGUGAGAAGAGGAGAGGAAAUCACCGGCAGCAUCGCCAUGAAACCCAACGACAAAAACGUUCGUGACUUGGACUUCACCUUCGAGCUGGAUUUUAAAGGACAGCUGUGCGAAGCCGCCAUAUCCCACGACUACAAGAUGCGCUAGCUUCAACUCUCAAGCCUUGCGUCUGAGCACUAGAGGGAGCCGCCACCUGGGGUCACACCUGAGAGGGAGGCGACGGUCAUCACCACAGGCAGGAAGUCCCUGAAACCGACUGUUACAAACUCUCUGAAUGUGACGCUGACAACACCAGGUCAGUGAGGAUUUGGAGUCUCCAUGAAUGUAACUUAAUAUUGUGUGUUGGUGUGAGACAGUCUGUGUUUUGUUGAGUGUCUUUCCACUGGGACCUAAAACGUGUUGUAAGUAGCAUCAGUGAUGGAGAGUGGUGUCAUGUGAGAGACGGACGUGUGGAGUGCUCGUGCGCCAGAACCAAUUCAUGCCGCCCUGAACCCCACUAGUCUGAAAUGGAUUGACCUCAGAAUUAGUCUGACUUGAUCCAUGUCGAGAAAACAACCUUAAAAAUGACAGAUUUGUUUUUUCACAUAGAGAAACUGGACCUAAGUUUUAUCGUUUACCGUAACUGACGCAAUAAAAGCUCAUGAUCGCAGUCCCAUAUUAAAGGCCUCAUAAGAACCAUCCCGACCACAGCAUGAAUUUUGUUCUCAAAUGCACAAGUAGAAGCAAAUAGUGGAAGAAAAAAAUAACAUUUAUGUGAAAUUAAAUUCAAACUAAUGAGGAAUACUUGCAUGAAAAAUGAAAUUUAAGUUGCAACAAACGACAAUAACAAAGUGUUAUGGCAAUGUCUUGAAGCGAUCUUUCCAUCUUAGGGCAGUUUAAUGCAAGUCGUGGGCAAUUUUAAGGACGGAUUGCCACACUCUCCUUCAUGUUAAGGGCUGCUUCUUCACCAAUAACAUUUAAGUUCUAAGAAUGCGCUUAAAACCCCAAACCCACACAUGAUUUAAGAGAGGGCGACAGUUGUCCAUGAACAAUGUAGUGGUGUUGAACUGUAAAAAAAUGCUGCUUCGGUGUGUUUGCUUUGACUUGUUGUGUUGGUGUUUCCACCUCAUUGGUGCUCUUCUUUCAGUCAUCGCCAAGGUCCACAGGCAGUGAACGGUACGAGCACAUUUUUUUAUAGUGGAAGGUUAGUGAUACUUGAAGUCCAGAGAGCUGUCAUGUGACAUAUGAGUCGACUUGACAAAUAAAUAUGUGAAACACAUGGGAUUCCGUUGAUAACAAAAAUCCAUUACAGACAUGCAGCUGAGGAUCAGAUCACUUUUUUUCUAUAUAUAAAAAUAAUCUUUAUAUAGUUUUCACCCAAACUUAAACAAAGCUGAGCGCGAACUGAAA